UCGAUCUAAUUAUUUUUCCUUCAAAACCUCUCAUCCAGUCCGCGAACGACUCCAUUCCCCUAACUUAAUUCCUCGCAACCUACCCCUCGUCCCUGAAGCCCGCCGGUUGCCGCCACCGCAGGUCGUCGCCGCCGGCCGCCACCACCUCAAGGACAGGUAAAUUCCAAGGUCCAAGUGUAGAUAUUGGUGGGUUAAACAAUGGGUUCUAAUUCAUUGAAGGACUAUCUCAAAAGAUAUGAAAGUAACACUGAAGAAGAGAAGAAAAAGAAGAAGAAGAAGAAGAAGAAGAAGCAGAAGAAGAAAAGUCAACCACAAGCAACUGGCUUGUUAGUUGUGGACGAAGACCCGACAUGGCAGAAACCCGUAGAUCUUGGAGAAGAAAAUGAUGACAACUCCUCAGAUGAAGAGAAGCCAGUAGUUGAUGAAGACAUCGAAGUGAAGCGUAUGAAGAGGCUGGAGCAGUCGAGGGCCAGACAUCAUUAUAAUGCUAUAUCCGAGGAUGGAAGUGGUUGGGUUUCACUUUCUUCUGAAUCAACAAAUCCUUGUAAUUCAAAUAAUGAUAUCUCUCCACCUCGUAAACGGAGGGUUCGAAAUGACACCCCUUCGCCAGAACCUGAGUUAAAUCCUUCAACUUCUAAUAGGAAGAGUGCUGAUUUAUCACCCCCUCAUCGCCAGCUGAAACGCAAUGACACUCCAUCACCUGAUCAUUACUCACAACCAGAAAAUUCUGAGGGACUGAAUUCUGACUUAUCUCCCCCUCGUAAAAGAAGAGUUCAAAGUGUUACUGUUUCAGAAGUACACGAGUCAAUGUCAUCCAAAUCAAAAUUUGAAGAUACUGAUUUGUCACCUCCUCGGCUACAACAUAAAGACAGUGGCAAAAGAAAUUAUGAGACUUCUGAUUUGCAAGAUCUUUCUCCGCCUCGACGAGGUCGUCAUGAUUCUCCCACGAUAGAUAAUUUACAUGGAUCUGCAGCACUAGACCUUUCACCCCCAAGGAAAAGCCAGAAGAAUGUUGCAAGAUCGAGUUCAUAUGAUCAUUCGCAUCUUCCUCCACCUAGUCGUUCAGUAAAAGUUGAUUCAAAUAGAUCUUUGGAUCCUGACCUAUCUCCACCUAGGAAGAAUUCAAAGGAGCUAUCUAUUCCAGCAUCUGUGAAUGAAAGAAAAACAGGUUUACUUUCUGGUAAGGAUAUCAGAAAUGAAAUUGACAAAAAGAAGAAGGAUGAUAUGUUAAGAUUUAAACAGAUGGACCCUUCCAUUAGUGGGCGCAGUGCUGAACCUGUAUAUCGUGAUAAAGUAAAAGGAACACGCAUUUCCAAAGAGGAAUACUUGAAGUCAAAACAGAAAGUAGACGAAAAGGCCAAGGCGAUUGAAAUAGAAUGGGGCAAGGGCUUAGCUCAAAAGCGGGAAGCUGAGGCUAAGCUGAAGGAACUAGAACUUGAGAAAGAAAAACCUUUUGCGCGGACCAGAGAUGAUCCUGAACUUGACAAAAUGAUGAAGGAGAGGGUAAGAUGGGGUGAUCCCAUGGCACAUCUGGUAAAGAAAAAAUAUCCAGAACCUGUUCUUCCAAACUUGGGGGAUAGUGAGAAGAUGAUGGAAUCAGGCUUUGUGGUUCCUCAGGACAUUCCAAAUCAUAGCUGGUUAAAAAGAGGUUUAGACGCUGCUCCAAAUCGGUACGGGAUAAGGCCAGGGCGGCACUGGGAUGGUGUUGAUCGCAGUAACGGAUUUGAGAAGGGACUGUUCAAGAGAACAAAUGAAAAGCAAUCUAGAGAUAAAGAAGCCUAUCUUUGGUCUGUGUCUGAUAUGUGAAGACUGACAUUAUAAAUGAUACAACUUGUGGUUGACAGUGCAGAAGCUCCAAGUAUUCAGGGAGUCACAUUGUGAGGCAUGUUUUUUUAGGGUUCCUCUGAGGGAUAAGGUUUAAAUUUAACUAUUUUUUUUCUCUUUCUGGAAAUCCAAAUUAAUCAUGAUCACGAGGUUCAUUGACCAAAAGUUGGACCCAGCCAUCUAUUGCCAAUUUGCUAAGUUUCAGCAAACCCCAUUGUAAGGCCUAGUUCUAAACUACAUGCAAAUUUAGCCCA